AUGGCCCAGAACACGGUUAAUCAUGGCGAGGGCCUCCGGCUACCGGAGACAUCGUCCCGUUGCGUCACGGAUGGGGCGAUCCACAAUUUCGAGCUAAACAACUGGGCACUGCUGGAAGGCCUGGGCGUCGGACAGUUCGUUACCUCCAGCAACUUCAACGCCGGCGGCUACGAUUGGAAUAUCAAGUUUUACCCAGACGGAGACAGAAAGGAUAUUGCCGGCUAUGCGUCAGUUUUCUUAUCUUGUCUCAACCCUCAGGCCAAGAACCGCAUCAGGGCAAAGUACACCUUAACCAUGCAGGACGAUCAAGGCAAGAUAUAUGCAAGCAGUCAGGGAAAGGGAAUCAUCUUUUCUCCCGAAACUCCUUCCUGGGGCUACCCGAAAUUCGUAGAGAAAUCGAAGCUGGAAUCCUCACCUCACCUCUAUCUAACGAUAAGGUGGGUCCUCUUUGUGAUCAAAGAACCACCCGCUGAGUGCAAUAGAAAUCCUAUUGUGGUUCCUAUGGCAGAAUUACCCGGUCAUCUCGAGCGCAUCCUCGAGAAUGGGACAUGCGUGGACGUCACAUUCCUCGUGGGUGGCAGUGAAUUUAAGGCACACAGUCUCAUCCUGGCCGCGCGGUCGCCUGUGUUUGAAGCUCAGCUAUUUGGUACAAUGAGGAAUAAGAAUACGCAACAUAUAGUGGUCGAUGACAUGGAGCCAGCCAUAUUUGAGAUGCUUCUUCACUUCAUAUACACAGAUUCUCUGUCACCAUGUAACGAAGAAGAUUACGAUGUCGCCACGAUGCAGCAUUUGCUAGUUGCGGCAGAUCGGUAUGGCUUGGAUAGACUGAAGGUCAUGUGUGAAGAUAAGUUGUGCAAUAGCAUUGGCGUGAAGACUGUCACAAGUACAUUGGCGCUAGCUAAUCAGCACUACUGUGAGCGACUGAAGGAUGCAUGCGUGAACUUUAUGUCGAAGCCGGGAGUAACAGGUGCUGUCCUCUUAUCUGAAGGGUUCCAAAGCCUCAUUGCACGCUGCACCCCGCUUGUUUUCGAGAAGGACAAGAAGGACAAGGAGGUGCCUGCUAAGAGGAAGUUAGACAAAAUAGGUUAA